CGCUCCUGGAGCUACGGCUCGCGUCGCGCUCCGCCGGGACUCGGGGCGCGCGCGCUCCCCGCCCCGGCCGCCCGAAAACUCCAGCCCAGCCCGCGCCCGCCUCGCGCCCGCACGCGCGCUCACACCCCCACGCGCGCGCUCACACCCCCACGGACUUCUGGUCGGCCUCCCACCUCCACGCGCGCCCACUCCCACUCCUGCCCGCUUCUCUGUUGCCCCGCGGGCUCCGCGGGCGAGAGCGCCGAGGGGACCCACGGCCUUUUCCCCAUGGCUGACCUGAGCUUCAUCGAAGAUUCCGUCGCCUUCCCGGAGAAGGAGGAGGAUGAAGAGGAGGAGGAGGAGGGGGUGGAGUGGGGCUACGAAGAAGGUGUUGAGUGGGGCUUGGUGUUUCCUGAUGCUAAUGGGGAAUACCAGUCCCCCAUUAAUUUAAACUCAAGAGAAGCUAGAUAUGACCCCUCACUGCUGGAUGUCCGCCUCUCCCCAAAUUAUGUGGUCUGCCGGGACUGUGAAGUCACCAACGAUGGACAUACCAUUCAGGUUAUCCUGAAGUCAAAAUCAGUUCUAUCAGGAGGUCCAUUGCCUCAAGGGCAUGAAUUUGAACUGUAUGAAGUUAGAUUUCAUUGGGGGCGAGAAAACCAGCGUGGUUCUGAGCACACAGUUAAUUUCAAAGCUUUUCCCAUGGAGCUGCAUCUGAUCCACUGGAACUCUACCCUGUUCGGCAGUAUGGACGAGGCGGUGGGCAAGCCACACGGCAUUGCCAUCAUUGCUUUGUUUGUUCAGAUAGGAAAAGAACACGUAGGCUUGAAGGCUGUGACUGAAAUCCUCCAGGAUAUUCAGUACAAGGGGAAGUCCAAAACAAUACCCUGCUUUAAUCCUAACACUUUAUUACCAGAUCCUUUGCUUCGGGAUUAUUGGGUGUAUGAAGGCUCUCUUACCAUUCCGCCUUGCAGUGAAGGUGUUACCUGGAUAUUAUUCCGAUAUCCUUUAACGAUAUCCCAGCUGCAGAUCGAAGAAUUUCGAAGGCUGAGGACACACGUGAAGGGGGCAGAGCUUGUGGAAGGCUGUGAUGGGAUUUUGGGAGACAAUUUUAGACCCACUCAGCCACUUAGUGACAGAGUCAUUAGAGCUGCAUUUCAGUAGCCAAAGAGAAGAGGAACAAGACGGUCUUCAUCAGGGAGGAAGACAACGAUCCUAUAGUGCCCUUCGAUGAGAAACGGAAACUUUUGAGCUGCAGCUACGGUUGACCCUCAAAGCCUGCAUUGUUUGUCUUCAUCUAACCCAGCUCUGAUGGGCCUCUGUGACAGCUGCCUCUACAUGUGCUCUAAUGAAAUACUAGAAGUGGCUGUACAUUCAGAAGAACCCCAGUAUUCUAUAUCCAUACCACUGCUGCUAGGAUUCAGAUUUUAGCACAUACUGUUUUUUUGCUUAUGUGUAGAAGAAAUGAAACUAGUUUUCAGAGUUGUUAUUAAUAUGAAUAUAUAUCACAUAUUAAUACUGAGACAGGAAAAAUACACUCUCAGUGUUAGCGGUCCUUCAUUUCCUGUCUCAGAAAUUCACUCAUUUGGAGAAUAAUGUAAUUCUUAAUAAUAAAUAAGAGUUUUGAUCAGGAACAGCAUACGGCUUGCAAAUGGAACGUGAAAGAUUAGUGAAGGUCGUAUCGCAUGUUGUUCAGCCCUCCUGCCACAAGUAAUGUCAUGCUGGUUCUUAUGCAAAACAAUUUUGGAGCUAAUGCAACAACAGAAUCACUUUAUGUAUUUCUCAAAGGAUCAAAUUGAAUGUAGUAAUCUAAUUGAUUUAUCUGACAUAUUAGAAGCUCUGGUUUCUAGGAGUUUGAGAAAGGCAUAAAAAUAGGAUAAAAAGUAAGUGGGUACUACUUACCAGAAAAUAGCUUUAUUUUCAAUGAUAGAAACAUAAAUUUAAUAAUAUCCUAUAAUAAUUUAGUGUUGUACAUUUUGUAAGACCUUAAAAUAUUUUAUUCUAUGGAUUUUACUUUAGUAUAUUGAGACAUUGCUUUCUAAGAUAAUCCACAAUAUCUUUAUUUUAAUUAAUUUUAAGUGCUACUGGCAAAUGUAAGCAUAUGCUUAGAAGCAGUUAGAUGUGACAAAAUGAGAUAAUUUGUGUAAACUAGUAGUAUGCCUGGCACAAAGCAAGUACUUAAUAAAUGUUAUUUGUUGUUACAAUUAUUGUUGUAAAACUGCAAGCCUCAUAGUCCUAAUUUGGAGGGAUUUGGGGAUGCAAAAUGUCUAAGUCAGAAAUCAUACAGGUAAAAGGUGUAUACGUUGUGAGGUUUUGGAUGUGUUGUGGAGAGGCUGUGAUAAUGAAAGCAUUAAAUACAAAUAAAAAUCAUACCAAGUAUCCCUGAAAAAUGACAGCAAAGGAAGAUGCUGGUAGAGCCUUGUGCAGGGAGAGGCAGGAGCGGUGGCCAUGGCAGCAGAGUGAAGAAAAGCAGGAACUUGCAAAGGUUUGGGGUCCUCCCUGAGCCCUGGGCCACAGGAGGGCAGCAUUGGGCAGAGUCUCUGGGAAGUGGAGAGAAGCCCUGGAUCCUUCCUCUCUGUAGUUUCUCCUAUGCAAAAAUGAAGAAAUGGCAAAGCAUGGUUGCAAAAACUGCAACCUGUUUAAAGACCUCUCUCUUAGACUAAAACAUGCCACACACGCUGAACAUUGAUCGUAGGUGUCUCCUCAUUUGUAACUGAUAUCUAAAGAUGACCUCUGAAGAUCUCAUUUUCUUAUGGAUGAGAAGCCAGUCAAAAGGUGCCCUGGCAAUCUUUCAGUAGAGCCUGUGUUCGGGCCCUGAAAGCAGGGUGCAGGUCAAGUCUUGGACUUGACUUUUGUUGCUUCUUGUAGUCUCCAACCAUCUGUCCCUGAAAAACACAAACAUUAUCAAUUCAAAUAACCUUUAGGGAAAUAACUAGUUGCCCAUAUUUCCCCCUUCAAUGUUUUUUAGUUGAAGCAAUCAAAUUUACCAUCUGUUUUCUUAAGUGAGAAGAGGGACAUGAACUACUUGAUUCAGCUUGUGGUGUCCAUUGCUGAGGCCGUGUGUGUGGAGGCUUAGUAGUCUUUAAUAUAGGAAACCCCUUCUUCCUUUCUACACUUCGGUACCUCAGGCUCAGACUAUGAAUGCAGGUGUGAGAGUGAUGCUUGUGUAAGAAUGAAUCUGAAAGUGUAAUUUGUAAAUCAACACAAGCACAAAUAACUGAUCUCCAAUCUAUCCUCCCUUUGACCGUGUCCUGGGGAAGGAAAGUGAAAGGUAUGUAAGGGCCCUGAAAUUGAGGAAGGAGCCUCCCAAGCAAAAGUGUGUGUGUAUGUGUGUGUGUGUGUGUGUGUGUGUUGGGGGGUGGGUGAAGGGGGUGUGGGGGAGUUAACUUGGGAUAAAUGACAAAUUUUAUGGAUCUUGAAAUGUAAUUUAGGGUGGAUUUGUUUACCUAACAGGAAAAAAAAAA